UUUACGUAUCCAAUAACAGAAUAAUGUUAACAGAUGUGUAUGAUUACUGAUUCAGUGAAUAUUAAACGUGUCUGCAUAUAUAUUCUUAAAAAAUAGUGGAUAUUUAUUUAAUUACUGUAAUAUCUUAAUUACUAACCACAAAGUAAACAUAAUUUUAUAAUAGAUAAGUUAUUUUUACAAUUUCGUGGUCUAAGAAGAGAAAUGGCCACUUCAGCAAAUCAGGAAUAUGACGGGGUUCCUUUAAGUGCGCUUCGGAAAGAGACACGACUAAAGCUGUCAAAGUAUCUAGAUAGAAAAGGCAUGCGGUUGAAGGUUGAAAUCGACAAUAUUCCUACGGACAUUUUUGAUGACUUCACUGGUCUCGCCAAACAGGCAGGUCAAGAAGACUUUAUUGAUACCGUCAAAUGUCAGAAUCAAGAACAAAGUCCGACUGGGAGGUUAUUUGACCGAUUGAAUGAUUGCGGCUACACAAUUGAAACUUUCUUGGGUUAUCUGCUGGUUAUGAAACGUUAUGACGUAAUUAAAGACUGCAUAAAACUAAUAGUGGGCGAUCUACUGAGAUUUUUAGACCCAAAGCUUGUGACUAGAUGGAAUGAAUUAUCUGAUGAUUUUGAAUCUUCUUCUUUGAGCGAGCUCCUGUGUGUUGUUAACCCAAAGAUUGCGGCUAGAUGGAGUAAAAUAUUUAACGAUAUCGAAAAUUCUUAUCUUUCGUCAUCUUACCAUCGUUGGGAAUGUUUCGAUGCCACGAUAUCUGAACGUCUACCAAUUUAUGUAUCUGACGUGAUCGAUUAUACUUUCGACGCUUUCGUGUGCUACAACCAAGACGACCCGGGGGACAAGCAAUUCGUACAAGACCUAAUUGAGGAGCUAGAGUGUAGAAGAGGACUUCGACUCUACGUCCCAGGGCGCGAUGAUCAACCGGAUGCAUCCGAACAUAUCAACAAUGCUGGCGAAAUUGAGAGAAGGUGCCGAAGAGUUAUAAUUGUCAUGUCACGUUCGUAUCUUCAGAGCACAAUUUGGGAAUUCCAGGAACAAUUUGCACAAGCACUCUUGCCAGACGCCAGGAGGAACCGGCUGAUUACAAUGCUUCGAGAAAGAGAUGUCGUCCUGCCAGAGGUACUUGAAGGGUGUAAUACUCUUGACUAUAACGAAAUGAACCAGGUAAACUGGGUCCUACUGAGAUCAGUAAUCAGAACACCGAUAAGAGAAUAUAUGAGAAGUACAAAUAUUGAAUACUUGCGAAAUAUCAGUUUUCCACGAAUAGCCGAUCAGACACUACUAAAAACGGUUGAACCUGCUCGAAAUGUUGCGCCGCCAAACAAUAAUACAAUACCAAAAAAGUUAGUUCCUUCUCAAAAUGACCAGCCUCCUCUUAACCUUAAUGAAUCAACCGAGCCGAUCACUGAGCAGUCAGACUUGCGGAAUAUCAGUGUUCCAGAAAUGGCCGAUAUUACAAUACCAAAAAAGUUAACUCAAUCUCAAAAUGAUCAGCCUUCUCUUAACCCUAAUGAAUCAACCGACCCGAUCGCCAAGCUGUCAGGCCCCCAAACACGCCCACUGCUUGAAGACCAGAUAUUUGAGGAAGUGACAAAUGCUUCACCAUCAAAUGUUCCGCAAACAGAACAUGCACAUUUAUUAAUACUCACAUCUCAAGAACCUCAAAACGUUGCCGACCAGCUAACCGAAAUUGCAAAUGACCUAACACCUUCAUCUCAAGAGUCUCAAGAUACUGUUGGUGAAAUGACCUCCGAGGAAAUGAAAAAGUCCUGUGACCUUUAAUUUCCGAAUAGCGUCCCUGACGUGAACUGAUUAAACUGAACGUUCUAGAAAAAAAUUCAGUAAGCAUUACAUGAAGCCGCCUGAGACAAGUUUUAUUAUCAUAAUUUCUAAAAGUUUCAUUUACCUAAAUGAAUUAAAUGCGGUCUAUAAAAACAGUUUGCUGCUCACAUAUUAUUAUUUUGUUCUAAAUUUGUUGCUCUUAGUAUUUGUAUUGUAUUCUGUUUUAUUUUCUGUCUGUAUUAUGACUUUGUACAAAAACAACAAGUGUUGCUAUUGUUAUUGAUUCUUCAUCUAUACUUAUUUGUUAUUGAUUGUUGUUGAUCACUUUGUUUUAUCUCUAACAAUAUCUUGAAUUUUGGUUUACUUAAAUA